CAGAGAUGUCAAUGACCCCAUGCCCCACCGAGGAGGCGAUGGACUAGCUCCUGGGGAGGACAGAUUCAAACCUGUGGUGCCGUGGCCGCACGUUGAAGGAGUAGAAGUGGACUUGGAGUCUAUUAGGAGAAAAAACAAGGCCAAGAAUGAGCAGGAGCGCCAUGCUGGCGGGGACUCCCAGAAGGACGUCAUGCAGCGGCAGUAUCUCACGUUCAAGCCCCAGACAUUCACCUACCACGACCCUGUGCUCCGCCCUGGGGUCCUCGGGAACUUUGAGCCCAAAGAGCCUGAGCCUCCCGGGGUGGUAGGGGGCCCUGGAGAGAGAGCCAAGCCACUGGUGUUGGGACCAGAAUUCAAGCCUGCUGUCCAAGCCAGCAUUAAAGAGUUUGGAUUUAACAUGGUGGCGAGCGACAUGAUCUCCCUGGACCGCAGCGUCAAUGACUUGCGUCAAGAAGAAUGCAAGUAUUGGCAUUAUGAUGAGAACCUGCUCACUUCAAGUGUGGUCAUCGUCUUCCAUAAUGAAGGAUGGUCAACCCUCAUGAGGACGGUCCACAGUGUAAUUAAGAGGACUCCGAGGAAAUACUUAGCAGAAAUUGUGUUGAUUGAUGACUUCAGCAAUAAAGAACACUUAAAAGAAAAACUGGAUGAAUACAUUAAGUCAUGGAAUGGCCUAGUGAAGGUAUUUCGAAAUGAGAGAAGAGAAGGUUUAAUUCAAGCACGAAGUAUCGGUGCUCAGAAGGCUAAACUUGGACAGGUUUUGAUAUACCUUGAUGCCCACUGUGAGGUGGCAGUUAACUGGUAUGCUCCACUUGUAGCUCCCAUAUCUAAGGACAGAACCAUUUGCACUGUGCCGCUCAUAGAUGUCAUAAAUGGCAACACAUAUGAGAUUGUCCCCCAAGGGGGUGGUGAUGAAGAUGGGUAUGCCCGAGGAGCAUGGGAUUGGAGUAUGCUCUGGAAACGGGUGCCUCUGACCCCUCGUGAGAAGAGCCUGAGAAAGACAAAAACUGAACCGUAUCGGUCUCCAGCCAUGGCUGGGGGGUUGUUUGCCAUCGAACGAGAGUUCUUCUUUGAACUGGGUCUCUAUGAUCCAGGUCUCCAGAUUUGGGGUGGUGAAAACUUUGAGAUCUCAUACAAGAUAUGGCAGUGUGGCGGCAAGUUAUUGUUCGUCCCUUGUUCUCGUGUUGGACACAUCUAUCGUCUUGAAGGUUGGCAAGGAAAUCCUCCGCCCAUUUACGUUGGGUCUUCUCCAACUCUAAAGAAUUAUGUUCGAGUUGUAGAGGUGUGGUGGGAUGAGUAUAAGGACUACUUCUAUGCCAGUCGUCCUGAAUCCAAGGCGUUGCCAUAUGGGGAUAUAUCAGAGCUGAAGAAAUUCCGAGAAGAUCACAACUGUAAAAGCUUCAAGUGGUUCAUGGAAGAAAUCGCUUACGACAUCACCUCACACUACCCUCUGCCACCCAAGAAUGUUGAAUGGGGAGAGAUUCGAGGUUUGGAAACUGCUUACUGCAUUGACAGCAUGGGGAAAACCAACGGUGGCUUUGUUGAGCUGGGGCCCUGCCACAGGAUGGGGGGAAAUCAGCUUUUCAGAAUCAAUGAAGCGAAUCAACUCAUGCAGUAUGACCAGUGCCUGACAAAGGGGAUUGAUGGCUCCAAAGUGAUGAUCAUGCACUGUAACCUCAAUGAGUUUAAGGAAUGGCAGUACUUCAAGAACCUCCACAGAUUUACUCACAUUCCUUCGGGAAAGUGCUUAGAUCGCUCAGAGGUCCUGCAUCAAGUGUUCAUCUCCAACUGCGACUCCAGCAAAGCGACUCAAAAGUGGGAAAUGAAUAACAUCCAUACUGUCUAGAAAGAAUAAAAGAAACCAAUCACCUACCUACUGACAAGUAAAUUUAUACGGAACUGAAACCGCCUGAAACCUGCUGCAACAAUCGUUAUUAACUGUGUCCAGCUCCAAACCCAGAACCUCCUGAUCGGUUUGAAGGACAUUGAGAAACUGUGAUUUUACAAUAACAUGAUCAUCUGCAGUUACUGUUUACAAGACUGCUUUUACCUUAAACUUUGUAGAUGUUUACAUCUUUUUUGUUUUGUUUUCAGAUGAUGUUGGUAAUCUGUGCCUUUAGCUCUGUUUUGCGAGAACAGAGUUAAAAGCAUGUUGUCUUCUUUGGGAUUACACUCAGGGGUCUGAAAGGCAGUUUGAUUUUUAUUUUUAACACACUUGAAAAAAGGUUGGAGUAACCAGACUUUCAUAUAUAACUUGGUGAUUGUCAACCUGUCGUGUCUUUAUUUAAUUCUACAUCUUUUUGAAGCACUGCCACAGGUUCUAGCCAAGGUGGCCUUCCUUCACAGUCAUGCUGCUUUUUGAAAGGUGAAUUUCAACACAUUUAGUGCCUCUUUCAUUUCUCAGUAUAUAUUUCAAGAGCUUUUGAUGAAAUUUAUAGGAUGGUAAUGGCAUAGUUACCUGUUUAGGGAACAUUUUUAUUACUCAGAAAUGAAUUUAUGUGCUGCCAUUUGCUGUAAAGCUGAAUGUUGUAUGGCUUGUUAAAAAAAAAAAAUGACAAUAGGAAACAUCCCAAGGCUAUUCUGUGGGGUUUGAAGAUGGGUGGCAUUAACCCCUUACCUGCUGGCAUUCCUGGUGCCCUCUGUCCAUGCCCAUCUACCCCUAGGAUGGUAAAGGAGUCUUCCAACAAGAGAAAAAUGGCCACUGCAUUUGGGAUUUACUUUUCUCCGGGACCUGUCACUACAGAAAACUAUAAAUAAUGCUCGGUUUCAAAACCUGAAAGGAGGUAACAAAAACAACACACCACCACCAUGAACACGUCAAACUUUCAUUUUGACUGAGGUAAGAACUUCCAAACCCUCGUCAGAGGAAGGCUUCUAAAAUUCCUGUGCAUUAUAACCUAAGCUGUGCAGCCUGCAGAGCCAACAGGGAAUUGAUGUUUUAUUUAUUUCUCCAUCCAAAUGAAACUCUCUGUGUGUUUUUUAACAUUUUUUAAAAAGGACUAUUUAAAAAUACAGUUCAUUAACAAAUGUGAACUAUUUUCUGUUAGAUUGGGUGUUAGUUCCCUAAUGCGUCUUAAUUUCUUUUUUCAGAAGCAUAUUUUAAUUAGUAUUUUUCCAGUGAAAAGAUAUUUUGUUUGGAUUUAAACAUUUAUGAAGACAAUACCUACUACAGGAGAACCAAAUACUGCAAAUGGCCAGUUAGAUUUUAGUUUCUAAGUAAAUACUCUUUUAUUACCCAAAAGAUGAGCAUGCCUGAAUUGAGUGCUUUAAAAACAAACUGUGAUGAGGUGAGAGGGAUUCAAGUAAGCAUUUUUGAUCCUGUGAUUACAAUAUUACAGUGAAAGGUAUUCACAAACAACUGCCAGAGGGAUUUUUUUUUUAAAGAGGGAAAUAUUUUUAAUUGAAGCUAAGAAAGAAGAGGAAAAAAAAAAACCCUACAUUUGUUUCUUCCAAGCUCAGCUCUUAAAUUUGGAGAGUCAAAGUUAAACAUCCUCAGCAGUUUUAUUUAUAAUUUUGAAUUGUCAAUUUGUAUUUUGCUACUGAUCUGUGACCAAUCAUUUCAUUUUAACUUUCAUCUCUAGGAAUGUUUAACAUUUGUAUGCUUAUAUAAUUGCAAAAUAAGUCAAAUAUACACAAGAAACUAAGAGAAUUGGGACUUGAAUGACUUGUUUGCAGAUAGGCCUCCCUUUCCAUGUUGAGUAGAUUAUAACCUCGUUAACUAUGCAUAGGCCUAGGAAGGGUGGUGGUGAACUGUGCAUGUACAUUUUAAAUGGGUAUUUUGUGCAAUUUGUUAAAAGAAGAUACUCUAUGAAUAUGAUCUAUAUAUUGAAAUCAGAAACCUUACCAAACAAAAACCAUCAGAAGCUGCUGCCAUAAUGACUAUUUUUUACUGUAGGCUGUUUUGGAAAUAAUUCCCAUACCCUUGCUUUGUAAGUUGAUAAUAUCACUAUGCAUUUCUACACAUUUUAUAAAUUUGAUUUAUGCAGAUUUUGAUACACUGUAUGUUUCUGUAGAAAUUGUAUAAAUAUUCAAGAUUUUAUUAGGGUAAAUUUGAGAAGCUUAUGUAUAUCUUAAUUCUGGGUUGCUUUCUAGGUGAGAAAAAAUAAAAUAUUGUAUUUUAAUUCA